GAUGGCCCGCUUCUCGAGCUUUUCACCAAACCCGCAACAGCGCGCAACUUCGGGCUGCUGGAUCACUGUUAGGCUGUAGGAACUUGCGGCAGGACGGGGCAUGCGGUGCAGGGUGUGGGAGAUGGGUGUGCGAUUUGAAAUGGGGGAGGGGCGUUUCGAUGACGACGCGGGAACGGAAACGGAAACGGAACGGAAACGGAAACGGAAACGGAGAUGGAGACGGAAACGGAGAUGGAGACGGAAGGAGGUUUGGGUCAGCCUGUGUUGAGAGCCAGAGAGAGGGCGGGGGGCCGCUGCCCAUAGAUGGGGGGAAGAGCGGACCCGGCUCGGUCCGACUCGGUAUUUUUUGGUCGCUGCCCCAGCCCGAUGAUGCCUGUGGAUUGGGUUUUGCGCCUGCAGCCGACGUGUUUGCCCAUCCGCCGCUCCCGAGAUUCAAGUCGAGAUGUGCAAAGCAGGGAGGGAGGGAGCCGGUGCGCGAGGCGGUAUGCUUGGAGCGGUAUGACGCCAAGCGGGUCUUUGGAGGCGGUCGCCCACAGGAUCCUGGGACAGCGCUCGGCGCACACAGCGGGCAUCGCUUUUGGGCAGCAUCGACCCAGACACAUAUGCCAACGCUUGGGGGCCUCUGCUGUCGAGGGAGUGCGGACGCACACGCACUCAGCAGGGAAAGCGAGUCGCUCUCCUUACCUUGGCUGCGACAUGGCUAACCGAAUCGGGGACGGGAGGGGGGAAGGAAGAACGAGCGGGCGAGCCGUCCCCCGGAGAAGCAUCACUAUUUAUUGCCGGCCCGCUUCCUUGCUCUCGCUCGCCGUCGUCCCCUCCUUCCCCCGCCUCCCCAAGAGGCAGCAGAUGGGCUCCGAUCGACCGAGGCAGUGUUCGCACGAGAGCCCGUGGGCAGCUUAUUGGUGAUGCCCGUUUUUGUUUCGCGCAGCACAGUGGGCUUGUCCCGUGUGUGGAUCGGCGGUGGUUGGUGCGACUCCC